UUUAUUCGACAAAGAAUUUUCUAACGGAGGUAGACUGGCGCGUAUCGACCGAGUAAAAAUAUUUUCGUAUUAUUAAUUGUUAUAUUUUUGGAAUUAGCGGAGAUAUAAUAAAUUUAUUAGUCUAACGUUCAAAUAAUAGUCAAUUCGUGUAUUUCUUUUUCUAUUCAAGAAUCAUCAGGUUUCAUCGUAUUAAGCACCAUCUUCCCUAUUUAUAUAAAAGAAAAUAAUGGAGAUAGCACCAGGAUUUUUGGAAGUUAUAAAUAUAAACGAAGAUAAAAAUGUAUUAGAACUGGUCAAACAUGUAAUUUCCGAAGAGAUAAUAUUAAAGCCCGAUUACUCGGAUGAUUCAACAGAGACAGAAAUAGAAGAAAUAAUAGAAAUAAUUGAAGAAGUAGAAGAAAUGGAAGAUUCAUUAAUAGAUUAUCCUAAAACUGCGGAAUUAUCUAAGGAAAAUAGUAGCGGUGCAGAAUUUGAAGAGAAUUUACAGGAUCAACAAUGUGAUAGAAAUUCUGAAGUAGUCAAGAUAUAUCAAUCUGAUGAAGAAAAUGUAAUAUUUAAAGCACAGAUUGAUAACAAUUCCAAUUCCUCUUAUAACAAACAACAGAAGUCGAAUAAUAUAGUUAAAUAUGAUGUUGAUGAAGAUUGGCAAGAUGAAGACAUUGAACAUAUAGAAGAAAUGGAUGAAGUAAUGGAUCAUGAAUCUGACUCUCAGCAUCAUAAUUCAGAAUCAUCACAAAAUUACAAUUUUUUACAUGAGAAUGAACGAUCUGAUGGAAACCAAGGAAAAAGUUUUUCUUUAGAAAGCCAUAAAACAGAUAUUAGAAAUACCAUGGAAUCAUUCACUACAAAAGUGGAUAAAUCUCGAUUGAAUAAAGAUUAUGAUAAUGAUACGCAUAGUGUCAAUAGUAUUGAUAACAAUUUCACUCAUGAAGUUAUUAAGAAUACUGAAAAUAAUUUAGUAUAUACUGUACUUGGUUCAAGAAAACCGACUUCUACUACAAAACAGGAAGAAAAAAGAAAUCUAGAUGAUCAUUACAUAAAGAUGGAACAGUUAAGAGAAAAUACAAUUCCAGUUGAAGGGACAAUUUACUAUGAAGGUGAUAAUAUGGAAAGAUUGUAUGUUGCUCAACCAGUUGAUAUAAAUGAACAAUAUCAUUAUGAAGCAGUACAAAUGGAACAAAAUGAACAAACACAAGAUACUGCAAAUGAAGAUAGAAAUUCUGAGAAUGAUGCUAAUCAAUAUCAAGAAGAAGAAAUGUCUCAGGAACAAAUCUUUUUACAUGAGGAUGAAGAGGGUCAGCUAUAUUAUAAAGAUGAGCAUGGACAACUAAAACCAGUUUAUUUAACUGAAGAUGGACAUUACGCUAUUGCUGAUAAUAGUGAUGAUCAAGAUAGUAAAGAGUCAUACAAUCAAUUGCAGCAAAAUAAUAGACCUACUGAAGAAACGCCUGUGGCUUCAACAGAAUUAGAACCUAAAACUACCCUUAAAAAUAAAAUGAAUACUGUUUCUUCAUCUUCUGCACUUCAAGAUCUUGAAAAUGAAGAUAAUACUGUAACAAUUUCUUUAAUAAUUUCGGAAGAUGAGCAUGGACAAAAAAGGACUCAAGUUAUAAUACCUACAACAGAUAACAUGAAAUGUGAUAUUUGUAAUAAAAGUUUUAAAACAUCUUUCCAACUUUUAAGACACAACAGGCUAAAGCAUGCUCGAGAAGAAGAUAUUACAACAAGAAACUUUCCUUGCGAUUUGUGUCCUAAAAGGUAUCCAGAUCAAAAUUCCUUGGCACGUCAUAGAAAGACUCAUACUGGUGAUCGACCAUUUCAAUGUCUAGAAUGUCAUAAAAAUUUCCCUACCUCUACUGCAUUACGUCGACAUUUAACUUUGCAUAAUUCACAAUCUCGGCCACUUCCUUGCAUUUAUUGCGGUCGUCGCUUUGUAGAGAAGGCUAGCUUAAUGAAACAUGAACAGUCACAUUUACCCAAUGGUCAAAGAACACAUACAUGUGACAUAUGUCAAAAAACAUUCUUACAUUUAGCUGAUUUAAAUUUACACAAAAAAAAUCAUGAUACUGACAAGAAGUUUGAUUGCGAAGUAUGUGGAAGAGAGUUUAACCGAUUGAAUAAUUUACAAAGACAUAUGAUGGUACAUCAACAGCAAGGGGCAAAUGAAGAAAUCUUGUCUUGUGACGUAUGUGGAAUUACAUAUAAAUUUAUGAGCUCCUUGACGAGACAUAUGGUAACUACACAUAUGAAUCCUGAAAAAUUAAAAAAGCAAGCAGAAGAACAACGGAGAAAACGUGAGAAUAAUUAUCGACGUUAUUUAGCUAAUAGAAAAAUGUACGAAACACAGAAUCCGGGAGAAUACACCACGAAACGUAAUUAUCAUCAUAAUGCACGUAUACUUAGCGGAAAUAACGAUGAAAUGGCUUAACUUUAAUUUUUAAUAGUAUAUUGAAUAUAUGAAUGAAUACAAUUUACAAAUUUAUUGCUAUUACCAAGAUGACUAUAUUUAUUACGCACGAGUAGAACUAUGAAUAAAUUUAUUCAUUCUCUGUUCA